AUGAAGUAUUUCCUAGGUACCUCGACUCUGAACGGUAAGAUUGUUCAAGAAGAGUUCGAAGAGGAUGAAUUGCGAGAGAGAACAGAAAUCGUGGAGAAGUAUGAAAAGGUCAAUGAAGGGAGCACAAUAGCGAACGAAGAAGACGAGGCUGAAGUAUACAAGUUAAGCGAUCGAUUCGGUUUUCUACACGAAGAUGCAGAUUCGAUCCGUCUCGCCAACUCAGAAAAAGAAAAACGGUUGGAGCUGAAACGGGAGUCGAAAUGGUUAACAAUGCUGAAAAACUGGAACAAAUAUGAGCAUAGUAUAAAGUUCAGAAAACGAGUGUUCAAGGGAAUACCGGACAAGUUUCGUUCAGAGGUUUGGAAACGUCUGCUGAACAUCGACCACGUAAAGCAGAUCGACCUGGACAUAAAUCGCACCUAUCGAAACCAUAUCUUUUUCCGUCGCCGAUACGACAUGAUGCAACAAGCGCUGUUCCACGUGCUCACCGCGUAUGCGGUUUACAAUACAGAUCUGGGAUACUGCCAGGGAAUGAAUCACGUUGCUGCGUUGCUGCUUAUGUAUUUUGAAGAGGAGGACGCGUUUUGGGCACUGCACGCUCUCAUGACCGAUCAGACGCACUCCAUGUACGGCCUGUUCGCCCCCGGCUUUCCAAAGUUGUUCCGUUUGCAGAAGCAUCACGACACGAUCCUGAAGUCAUUGUUACCUAAACUACGACAGCACUUAGUAAGAAUCUGACU